GGUACUUUCUUUUAAUUUCCUAUACUAGUGAAUUUUUAGAAUUUCAUUUGUUUGCAUCUAUUCUCGCUAUUUUAAAAGGAAAAUGCUAGGGUGCCAUCACAUUGGUGCUACCAUGGGUGCACCCAUGCUUCGCACAGACAAUAAUUGUCUGUGCGACACAGACAAUUAUCGUCUGUGUUUGUCUGUGCGAAGCAUGGGUGCACCCAUGAGCCGCGUGCACAAACCUCUCGGGUCGGAUGGUUGUUGUCCGUCUUCGAACUUAGCCACGACGGUAACAAUUCAAUUUUGUUGGGACAACGAUAAUGGCAGCGUGGUUGGUUGGGAGAGGUGGAUAGAGCUGGAGAACAAUACAGCUUCAACCCAGCUUAUCAGGCCGGGGCUUCAAUGGAAAGUAGAGAAUGUGAGAUGAAGGUAAUUCCCUAUUCUUCAUUAUUUUUUCAAUUUCUUUUGUAUUAACAUUAAUAUUCUUAGGUUUUCCAGAAAUUUGGACCCAAAUUGAAAGGAGAUUAGAGGCACAGCUCAAACCUGUAACCUGCUAGAAGGUUGCCGA